GCUCCUCAGUUUCCAAUCCCCGUACUCCCUCUCUCUCUUCCUUUUCUUGAAACUUCCCUCUUUCCUUAAAGGAUUCCCUCCUAAUUUGGUGGGAUUAUCCCAAGUUUCAGCUGCUACCACUCAUCAGCAUUGCCAUUUCCUGUUUCACUCACCACAUGGAAAAGCUUAUUCGCAUGUUCCCUUUGCUUCUUCUUCUUCUGUUCCCCACUUUUGCCUUCGCUGGCCAUGACUAUGGCCAAGCUCUGAGCAAGAGCCUUCUCUUCUUUGAAGCCCAGAGAUCUGGCUACCUUCCCCACAACCAGAGAGUCACAUGGAGAGCACAUUCUGGUUUGCAAGAUGGCAAAGCAAGCGGGGUGGAUCUAGUUGGAGGGUACUAUGAUGCAGGGGACAAUGUGAAGUUCGGGUUACCCAUGGCGUUUACCGUUACGAUGAUGUCGUGGAGCAUCAUUGAAUACGGCAAACAAAUGGCUGCUAGUGGUGAACUUGGUCACGCCAUGGAAGCCGUUAAGUGGGGUACGGACUACUUCAUCAAAGCUCACCCUCAACCCAAUGUUCUCUACGGAGAGGUGGGAGACGGGAACACUGACCAUUACUGUUGGCAAAGGCCAGAGGACAUGACAACCGACCGUCAUGCCUACAAGAUCGAUCCAAGCAAUCCCGGGUCGGAUCUUGCCGGAGAAACCGCCGCCGCUAUGGCCGCUGCCUCCAUUGUUUUCCGACGCUCUAACCCUGCCUAUGCCGCCGAACUCCUCCGCCAUGCCUACCAGCUAUUUGAUUUUGCUGACAAAUACAGAGGCAAAUAUGACAGCAGCAUUACGGUUGCCCAGAAAUAUUACAGAUCCAUCAGUGGUUACAAUGAUGAAUUGCUCUGGGCUGCUGCUUGGCUCUACCAAGCAUCUAACAAUCAGUAUUACUUGGAUUACCUUGGAAGAAAUGGUGAUUCCAUGGGUGGAACUGGUUGGAAGAUGACUGAAUUUGGUUGGGAUGUCAAGUAUGCUGGUGUUCAGACAUUAGUUGCCAAGUUCCUGAUGCAAGGCAAAGCUGGGCAUCAUGCUCCAGUUUUCGAGAGAUAUCAGCAGAAGGCUGAAUCUUUCAUGUGUUCGUGCCUUGGAAAGGGUGAUCGCAAUGUUCAGAAGACUCCGGGUGGCCUCAUCUUCCGCCAGAGAUGGAACAACAUGCAGUUUGUCACAAGUGCCUCAUUUUUAGCCACUGUCUACUCUGACUACCUUGCUUCCUCUGGUAGAAACUUGAGGUGCAGUUCAGGCAAUGUGCCCCCUGCUGAACUUAUCUCCCUUGCAAAGUCUCAGGUUGACUAUCUUCUUGGUGACAACCCAAGAGCCACUAGCUAUAUGGUGGGCUAUGGAAGCAACUUCCCACAAAGGGUUCAUCACAGAGGUUCAUCCAUUGUUUCCAUCAAGGUUAACCCUUCAUUUGUCAGCUGCCGUGGAGGUUAUGCUACUUGGUUUAGCAGCAAAAGGAGCGACCCGAACCUGCUCACUGGUGCUCUUGUUGGUGGACCUGAUGCAUAUGAUGACUUUGCUGAUGAAAGAGAUAACUAUGAGCAGACAGAGCCAGCAACCUAUAACAAUGCUCCUCUUAUCGGUAUUCUGGCAAGACUAGGUGGAGGUCAUGGUGGCUAUAACCAGCUUCUUCCAGUUGUUGUUCCAGCUCCUAAGCCUGUUGUUACCAAGCCUCAACCAACCCCCAGUCCCAAGACAACUCCACCUCCAGCUUCGUGGUCAGGUCCAAUUUCCAUUGAACAGAAAAUGACCACCUCGUGGAUUGCCCAUGGAAUAACUUACUACAGAUACUCAACAGUGGUGACUAACAAAUCUAACAAGAGUCUCAAUUCUCUCAAUCUUUCAAUAUCCAAGCUUUAUGGUCCAAUCUGGGGUGUCACAAAAUCAGGUGAUUCAUACACAUUCCCAUCAUGGCUCAGCUCAUUAUCAGCAGGCAAAAGCCUUGAAUUUGUCUACAUCCAUUCUGCUUCAGCAGCAGAUGUCUCCGUGACAAACUACGUGUUGGCCUGAGAGUGACAUGGGAAUGGUUUACUGCUUUGUUGUGUAAGAUUGUGUAGCCAUACAAAUGUGCAGUGAGGAGAGGGUCUUUACGUUUUUCCUUCUAUAUUUUGAUGUCAAAUCUUCUUCUUCCCUUGUGUAUUUUGCAUUUCAGUAGGUUAGAUCAAAAUAGGUAGAUUAUAUAAGAUGGAAGGACCGGAGCAGAAAGGAGUGAAGAGACAAAAGGCAGAGCUCAUCCUCUUUCUUCUCCGCUUUACAACUUAUAUACAGUGAGUGAUACAAGACAGACAGUGAAACAGUGUUGUUGAGAAGUUUAAAAAACAAAGUGAACUUCUCAAUAUUUCAGAGAAGAGUCAUCUCUUGUAUUUUUCAACAGCUUUGGAUGUCUUUUCUGUGUUUGAUGUUGUAAGCUUUGCAGCAUUUUGUAUUCUCUACAGAGAAACAGUUUGUGCUAUAUAGUAUUAUGUUUUUGUGCUGUGCAAUACUAAUUUGGUUAUUUCAA